AAACAAGACAGCAGAUUAUGACAAGAAUUUACGACCAACGUCAAACCAGUCGGCUCCAACGGUUGUUUAUGCAGCUAUGAAAGUUAUUUCUAUUCAGGAAUUUGAUGAAGUACAGGAGAAGUUGACAAUAACAGCAUUUUUAGCCCUGUACUGGACUGAUGAAUUUUAUGAUAUGGAACAUCAGCGAAUAUGACGGUAUAUCAGAUGUCAUUUUAGGGAGCGAUCAAUUCUGGACCCCGAAUCUAGUUCUGGUAAACAACGCUAAUAAAUUACAAAGGCUUGGAGAUUCUUGGCAACCGAUUCGAUUCACACAUGAAGGUGAUGCUUCAUUUUUUCCAGGAGAUGUGUUUUCAGCAACAUGUAGAACAGAUGUUACUCUUUAUCCGUUGGAUAGCCAUUGGUGUGGAUUUACUUUCACGCCUUGGGCCCAUUCGUCAAGCGAGAUCUAUUUACACCCAUUAAUUGAUAAGGUACAGAAACAAUUCUUCUCUGAAAACGGGGCUUGGCAAUUUCUUGAUUCUAAUGUUGCUCGUACAGGAAACGCAGAUAUUUCGUUUUACAUCAGGUUAGAAAGGAGACCUCUGUUUGUUCUCGUAAACAUUAUAAUGCCAGUUAUAUUUAUGACGUUCCUGAACGCAAUGGUAUUUUGCAUUCCCGCCAAAAGUGGUGAAAGAAUGUGCUACAGCAUAACAGUUUUAUUAGCGAUAGCAGUUUUCCUUACAAUAGUUGGAGAAAACAUGCCAAAGACGUCCACCCCAAUGUCAAAUUUUAGUUACUACUUAUUGGUCAUACUUAUCAUAAGCGCGUGUAUUACCCUGACAACGAUAUUUGUUCUACAUGUUUUUCAUUUUGAAAAGACAGAGCCAGUUACUGGAUGGUGGCUUAAAAUAGCAAAACUUCCCUCAUGCAGAAAGAAUACGAAGGGCAAAAGAUAUAAGAGAAAUAAAAACGGAACAAUUACAACCAUAGACGAAUGUCCACCGACGUCAUCUACAUAUUUUCAUUCAUCAACAUCGGUUUACGAUGUUGGAAGUUUAUCUAGAAAUGAGGUCGUGAACGUGUCUACGACAUAUAACGAUAACGUAUACUUGCAGUGUCUGCAAAGACAAAAUGAAUGA